CAGGAAAAGCGACUCCUAUAUAAAAUCCAACAGCAUCGAAAUGCGUCAAACCAUCGAAAUGUCUUCGAAGUUGAUCAUCCUUAUUGCCCUUCUUGCAGUGGCUGCAGCCACAAAGCCCUACCUUGGGUUCCCCACGCCAUUUUUAGACAGUCGUAUCGUUGGAGGAUCGGAAGCUCAGCCAGGUUCCGCCCCAUGGCAAGUCUCUCUUCAAUGGGGUUUCAUGUCCUUCCAACAUUUCUGUGGUGGAUCUAUCAUAAAUAGCCAAUGGAUCGUUACAGCUGGACACUGUGUCCUUGCUGUUCCAUCAUAUGGUGACUUCGUGGUUAAAAGUGGAAAACAUAGCUUGAACACAGUGGAAAAUUCCGAACAAGUAAUCAAAGUUGCGAAGUCCUUCGUUCAUCCACAAUACCCUGGAAACGUAGCUCCCUAUGACAUCGCUUUGUUGAAAUUGUCCAAACCCUUGAAGAUGAGCAACGCAGUCAAGGCAGUGAGUCUACCAAAAGCAGGAAGCAUACCAAGCGGAACAGCUACAUUGACAGGUUGGGGAUCAACUUCGAGAACUAACAAUGCAAUCAUGCCUGACAGACUUCAAAUCGCCAAGUUACCUCUGAUCGACCUUGCCACCUGCAAAAAAGCCGUGGAAUCUCUUACCGGCCCAUCUCCAUUGCACGAGACCAAUGUUUGCACUGGUCCUCUCAGUGGUGGCUACUCGGCAUGCAGCGGUGACUCCGGUGGUCCAUUGGUCCUCAACAACGAGCUCAUCGGUGUCGUGUCCUGGGGAAUCGUCCCAUGCGGUACAACCGGUGCACCAUCUGUCUAUACCAAAACCUCUUCUUUCAUUGAUUGGAUUCAAACCACUAUGUCUAAGAAUUAAGAAACUUUUAUUUUUUCUAAUGAAUAAUAUGUACAGAUAUAUACAGUGAAAUGCAACUAUAUUGAUAUAUGUAAAAUAAAACCAAAAAUAAACUUCUCUAUAACUUAA